GUGCCGAUCGAGUCUCCUAGCUUGCUAGAAAAGAGACCAUGUCCACAGACCACAGCUAGCGCGGCUACUGCUCCGGGAGCGCCUCCCCGCCCCCGUACACUGCACCCGCUUCCGUCCCCGAGCCGCCAUGGCCGUCGCCGGCCAGUUCCAGAAGGUGCAGAUCCAGCGAGAGGACACGACCUUCGAUGCCUAUGUUGUCGGCAAACAGGAUGCCCCUGGAGUUGUAGUGUUGCAAGAGUGGUGGGGCGUCAACAACCAGGUCAAGAACCAUGCCACCCACAUCUCCAAAAUCGGCCAUGGAUACAGAGCGCUUGUUCCAGAUUUGUACCGUGGGAAGGUCGCUCUGGAUGCUGCCGAGGCUCGGCAUCUGAUGGAAGGGCUAGACUGGCAGGGCGCAAUCAAGGACAUUCAAGCCUCGGUGAAAUGGCUCAAGGAAAAUGGAUCACCCAAGGUUGGUGUUACUGGUUAUUGCAUGGGAGGUGCCCUGGCAAUCGCAAGUGGAGUUUUGGUACCGGAGGUUGAUGCUGUUGUUGCUUUCUACGGGACGCCAUCGUCGGAGCUUGCUGAUCCUUCUAGGGCUCUGGCUCCAAUCCAGGCUCAUUUUGGGGAGCUCGACACUUAUGUCGGGUUUGCUGAUGUGACCGCGGCCAAGUCGUUGGAGGAGAAGCUCGAGUCUUGUGGGGUACCACAUGAAGUGCACAUAUACCCUGGAUGCUCUCAUGCCUUCAUGAACAACACAUCACCUGAGGCUCUCGAGAAUCAGGGAGCCAUUGACCUGGCAUGGUCCUGCUUUGCUACAUGGAUGGGUCGUUUCCUGUGAUCUGUAUCAGAGCCAUCACCGCACUGUCUGAACCUGGUGUAUAUGGACUCAGAGUCACGAUGAGUAAUGAGAAUAAGAUGUUCAGUUCGUGCGUACAACAUGCAGUCAUUGUCCAAUCCAGACAAGUUUGCUUGUGUUAUGCUAUGUGAACUCGUCAUGGUUAUACUUUGUGAAUGGUGAGCUAAUUUGGUGUGCGUUUCUCCAUUUUAUUUUUGUCAUUGCAGGCUGCGUUGGUUGGUUGGUUGGAGUUGUACAGUGAGGCCGCACAUCGAAUUGGCGAGAGUUUCUUG